AUGUCAGAUAUCGAACGCCUCACCGAGGCUCUGCAACGCUUAGGUGAUCUACGAAGACGCAACCGACCCAAUCAACGGCGAAUUUACCAUUUAAGACACGCUUCCGAAGCUCGCGACGUUAACACAUCCUCGCGUGCAACCACCGCUUCUGGAGCUAGAAGAUCUUCUUCGACUCCCGCCAAUGAAACUAAAUUGACCCGCGAAUGUCGAAUAGUGCGUGAGGUUGUGUAUUCUAAGACACAGAAGUUGCUCCGACAAGAAUUAUCGGUGUUGCGACGAGACCAGGCUGAGACGCCGGAGCCACGGGCAGCUACAAAUGACGAGCCUACAUCAGUAACCGACAAUCCUCCCCAGAGUCGAGAAAGCCUCGGCUCUGACACUUUUCAGGAUACUCAUGCCAAAGAUUUAGACUGGUAUUUUCGCAAAGCUUUAGUCGAUGCAUCUCUGCGUCCUACUCAGAAGACUUUGGAGGAAAUAGACCCUUGCUUUUGCAGUGACCCCUACGCGAUUGAAACUGCUAAUGGGGAAUGCCAUGAAGCUGUCAGAAUGCCAAGGUGCACGCAUAUCUUUGGGCGCUCCUGUAUUGUAGAGUGGCUUCAGGAGAAGGAUACCUGUCCGAUGUGUAGGCAAAAGAUUGUGGUGAUACCUUUGGAAUGA